AUGGGCAUUGGGCAGGAGAUAAUUUCAGAGCUGCUGAAUGAUAAAGGAUACUUUCAGAAACUAGACAGGAAUUCGUAUGAAAUUGAGAAGAUAGAAGAGCAGCUACGGGGCGGCAUGAUGCCCUCCAUUUUCAAGCUGCAUUCUAAAGAGUCCGUUGUUGCUCCGCAGAGUGCAGAAGAGUACAUGAAAAUACUUUCUCUUGUGGACAUAAAGCAGGCCCAAGUAAAAGUGAUAAAAGAAAUUGUGGAGAGAGUCAUGGGGUACCCCAUAAACUACUAUGCGGUGAAAAGAAAGGUAACCGAAGCACUGCGGGAGAGAAGCAUGGAGUACAUUCGGAAGAACAAGAAGCUUGAAGCAUCACUUUUCAAAGCGCAUGUUUUGGUUAUAUCCCGGUGCUGCAGAGCAUACUUUGACGAGAUUAUUAUGCCGCUCUGCAAGGAAGGCAUGACAAGCACUGUUGCACUGAUUAUUAGCAGAGUGAUUAUGAGAUGCACCUCAGAGAAGAGCCACAUGGAGGAGUUGCUUCGGAAGGUUAUGCAAUUAGAGAAGUCUCACUCUGUCUAUACCCUUCUUACUGCAAUUCUUAUCAAGAAGAUACAAUUUGGCCAGAGGGUAAUUGAUGAAGUGCAUGAGUAUGUGCUUCAGGAAUCUGCAGGUGCUGAAGGCCCUAGGUUCCUGGCGUGGAACAAGGUGGUUCUUGUAUUUUUGCGAAACUACAAGACCAAAAUCAACCAGUCUGCUCUUAGAGAAAUAUACUCUCAGGCAGAGUCACCAAUAGAAGUAGAAAUAUUAAAGGAGUUGAGCGAAUAA